GGCGUUGCCGGGAGUACGGAGGCCGCCCGGAAAGAGCGAAGGGAGGAGAGGAGGAAAGGAGGCCGACCCCUUCUCCUACGGUGGCCUGAAGGAGUGGCGAAGUGGUUGCGAGGGGAUUGAUCUUUUGUGGGAUUUUUACAGUCCGUAAUGUCUUUCAAGAGGGAAGGGGACGACUGGAGCCAGCUCAAUGUGCUCAAAAAACGAAGAGUGGGAGACUUGCUGGCCAGUUACAUCCCGGAAGAUGAGGCGCUGAUGUUACGGGAUGGACGCUUUGCUUGUGCCAUCUGCCCCCACCGACCGGUGCUGGACACUCUGGCCAUGUUGACUACCCACCGUGCAGGCAAGAAACAUCUGUCCAGCCUGCAGCUUUUCUACGGCAAGAAACAGCCAGAAAAGGGCACGGAGCAAAAUCCAAGACAGCAGGGUGACUCGAGGAGGGAUGAGACCCAGACUGAGGCUCCUCUGCUAACCCAGACCCGCCUCAUCACCCAGAAUGCUCUGCACAGAGCUCCCCAAUAUAACAGCUGCUGCCGGCGGAAAUACAGACCAGAAGCUCCUGGUUCCUCUGUCUCUCACUCCUCUUUGCCAUCAGCUGCAGAGGUUGAACUCCAAAGUGAGAAAAUGAGCAGGGAGCCUGAGUGUGGGCCCAGCCCACCGGCCAGAGAGGCAGCAACCAUCCCAGCCCCUGCACCCGUGAGCCCCAUGAAGAGACGAGCCCUGGAUCACUACCUCACUCUCCGAAGUUCCGGGUGGAUUCCAGAUGGAAGAGGUCGAUGGGUAAAAGAUGAAAAUGUUGAGUUUGACUCGGAUGAGGAGGAACCACCUGAUCUGCCCCCAGACUGACACCCCCUUUACCCCAUUCAUUUCACAAAUAAACAAGAGUUUACUUCGGGGACCUCA